CUCAGUCCUGUAUUACUCUUGAAGUUUUCUCUCUGUUUUUUUUUUCCUUAAAAAGUUUUCUCGUAGGUAUCGAUCGAUCCAAUCCGAGUAUUGGUGGGAUGAGUAGUUACAAGACAGUAAUAGCUAUGGUGGCUUUACAAUGCAUCACUGCAUCUGUUACUCUUUUCAGUAAGGUUGCUUUGUCUCAAGGAAUGAGCCCUAGGGUCUUCGUUCUCUACCGCCAAGUUUUUGCCACUCUUAUCAUGGCUCCUAUUGCUUUUUUCUCUCGAUGGAGAGAUCCACAUAAAACACCCUUGGGAUUUAGGAGCUUUAAUAUGAUACUUCUGACCUCUUUAAUUGGAGUAACAGCUAAUAAUAACACCUAUUUCGAGGGCUUAAACUUAUCUUCUUCAACAAUAGCAACUGCAAUGCUUAAUCUUAUACCAGCGAUCACUUUUAUUAUGGCAACACUAGUUGGAUUGGAGAAAAUUGAUCCAAAAAGCUUGAGAAGCAUUGGCAAGAUAAUUGGGACAAUUGUGUGCAUCGGUGGAGGGAUUUGCAUGGCACUAAUCAAAGGGCCAGAAUUAUUUGCACACACAAAACUUGAAGUAACACACUACACAAAGUCGAUCUUCUUUCUUGGCAAAGGAUUAUUAGGAGGUGAAAAUUUGCCACUGGGUUGUCUAUUUCUCUUCAUUAAUUGCUGUUGCAAUUCAUUUUGGAUUGUUAUGCAGGUUCCAAUUUCAGAGGCCUGUCCAGACCAUUUAUACACAACGUUUUGGAUGUUUUUCUUGUCAAGUAUACAAUCAUCAAUAUUGACAUGUUUCAUAGAUCGUAACCCACAAGCAUGGCUUCUUCAUUCAGUUCUUCAUUUUGAAAGUUGCUUAUUUGCUGCAAUUGGUGAGGCAGUGUCGUUUUUCAUUCAAGUGUGGUGCAUAUCUCAAACUGGUCCUGUCUUUGCCGUGAUGUUCACACCACUAAGCACUGUCGUUGCAACUAUUAUAGCCAUUUUGUUUAUGGGCCAAAGCUUAUACAUUGGAAGCUUGGUGGGUGCUUUUGCUGUGAUUCUUGGCUUAUAUGUUGUGCUAUGGGGCAAAGCAAAGGACCUAGAUGAGACUAAACAAUAUGGUGAUCAAAGACAAAGUUGUAAACUUGAUUUGGAAGUACCACUUUUGACUGAAAAUUAAGUGUUUUUUUUUUAAAUAAUUAUAGGAUCUAUUUAUGCAUGAUAGAUUAACUCUACAAUUUAUUGAUUAUAGAGAAAGCUACGUACGUAUUUAUGUGUGUUCCAAUAUUUUUUUGAUGCGGUUUUGGAUAAAAUUAGAGUAUUUAAUGAUGCUGAAUAUAUAUUGUAUGGUCACGAAUUGGCUGGUUAACUUUGCCACAAAACUUUAUUUUGUGUUUAAUUUCUUAAAAAAAAAUUGUAUUU